GCACCACAGCGACACCUGGCUCUCCGCAGAGCCGCGUCGGGAAGCGGCCUCUCAGGGCGCACAGUCCCGCGCCGGGACCCGAGGGGGCGUGGCUGCGCGCAGUCGGCGCGGGGUCGAAGGGCACGCGGCGCCAGCGUCAUGGCGGCCUCCGGGCUGGGCUUUGCCCGGGCCGCGCAGCGGUUGGGCGUCCUUGGCCUGUGCGGCCGCUGGUCACCCCGAGACCUGUGCGUGCGCGAGCGGCGGCUCCCGGGGCCGGCGGUGUCGGGGCGGAGCGUGGCGGUGGCCAGCGGGCUGGACGCGUCGGGCUCUGAGCAGUACUGCCUGGAGCUGCUGCGGAAACGAGAUUACGAAGGUUAUUUGUGCUCCCUGCUGCUCCCUGCGGAAUCCCGAAGCUCUGCUUUGGCGCUGAGGGCCUUCAACGUGGAACUGGCUCAGGUUAAGGACUCAGUCUCUGAGAAAGCAAUUGGACUGAUGCGAAUGCAGUUUUGGAAAAAAACUGUAGAAGAUAUAUACCUUGACAAUCCACCACAUCAGCCUGUGGCCAUUGAACUAUGGAAGGCUGUCAAAAGACAUAAUCUGACUAAAAGAUGGUUUAUGAAAAUCAUUGAUGAAAGAGAAAAAAAUUUGGAUGACAAAGUGUAUUGCAAUAUCCAGGAACUGGAGAAUUAUGCUGAAAACACUCAGAGCGCUCUUCUUUAUUUAACUCUAGAAACAUUGGGUAUAAAGGAUCUUCAUGCAGAUCAUGCCGCAAGUCACAUUGGAAAAGCACAAGGCAUUGUCACUUGCUUGAGAGCAACGCCCUAUCAUGGCAGCAGAAGAAAGGUGUUCCUUCCCAUGGAUAUUUGUAUGCUGCAUGGUGUUUCACAAGAGGAUGUUCUACGGAAGAGCCAAGAUAAAAAAGUGAGAGAUGUGAUAUAUGACAUUGCCAGCCAGGCUCACUUGCACCUAAAGCAUGCUAGGUCCUUCCACAAAAGUGUUCCUGCGAGAGCCUUUCCUGCCUUUCUGCAGACGAUUUAUUUAAUUAUUUGAAAGAGUUACACAGAGAAAGGAGAAGCAGAGAGAGAGAAGUCUUCCAUCUGAUGGUUUACUCCCCAAUUGGCCACAAUGCCUGGAGCUGUGCCGAUCCAAAGCCAGGAGCCAAGGAGCUUCUUCUGGGUCUCCCACGUGGGUGCAGGGGCCCAAGGACUUGGGCCAUCUUCUACUGCUAUCCCAGGCCAUAGCACAGAGCUGGAUUGGAAGAGAAGCAGCAGGGACCAGAACCGGCGACCAUAUGGGAUGCCGGCGCUUCAGGCCAGGGUGUUAACCCGCUGCGCCACAGUGCCAGCCCCAAAGGUGCAUUUCUAUCCCUUCAGAUCUUCUAUACUAAUUUUCAGAUCUGUUUGGAGUAAUUUUGUUUCUUUACCGGGGUUGCUUAUUAUAAGAGUAAUUAUCAGUAUUUUAAAUGUUCCCAUAAGAGAAUACAAAAGAAGAAAUUCAAAAGAAGAAAUUAGAACCCCUACAUUUUCUCUCUGUCCAGAUAAUGUCUGUUUAUCUUUCUGGACCUUUUGGGUGCAUAUAAUCAGAAGUGUAUUUUUAUAUAAAUGUACAAUAUAUAAACAUAAAUAUGUUUUUGUAUAUUUUAUCAUAUACUCUAUACCACCUUUUAAAGUGAUUAUUUGGUGGAUGUGCCAUCAAGUGUUUAAUAAAUAAGCUCUAUAAAAGUUAA